GCGUGCACGGACGCGCCGUGCGGGCGGCGCCGAGGCGCGGGCGGGCGCGGCGGGAUGUCGGGGCCCAACGGAGACCCGCACGUGUUGGGCGGCGGCACCGGCGACGAGGGCGACGAGGGCGGGGACACCUUCGAGGAGGAAGAAUAUGCAGCUAUAAACUCCAUGCUGGACCAGAUCAACUCCUGCUUGGAUCACCUGGAGGAGAAGAAUGAUCACCUGCACAUCUGCUUGAAGGAACUGCUGGAGUCCAACCGCCAGACCCGGCUGGAGUUCCAGCAGCAGAGCAAGCAGCUGAACACAGGAGCUGAUGUGCAGGGAUCCCAGCCUCCUGCCUAGAGUCUGACCACACACACUCAGCUGGUGUUGCUAAGGGGACAGUUACUGGUCACCAAUUUAAUGUAAAACUUGAAUAGCACAGGUGCCUCGUGUCUGUUAAUCGUUCCUUUCUGUGUUUGUAUCCUACCAUUCAUCUCCAUGUUCUGUUUUCCUUUAGCUGUGAGACAUGUGCAGAAGCACAAGGGUGGGUGUAGGAGAGCUGGUUCUUUCUGCUUCCCAAUAUGAGCCCAGCACUCACACUUGGUUAAAGCUGGUUGUAGGAAACCUGAGCCCAUGCAGGUAGUUUGCAGGCAGGCCCUCUUCACAAAGUGGAAAGAUGGUUUCUGCUCUCUUUUCCUUAAAUCCAAGCAAGGAGUAUUAUGGCUUUACCCCCUUUGUCAGGGGCUGUCCUGACUCCAGGCUUGUCCCUAAGUGUAAGGAGGGCCUAGGCCAUCUGCUGCCUUGAAGCUACAGCUUCUUCUCCCUUAGUCACAUAAACUGUGAUGUACAAAAUACUGGCACAUGGUUCCAGAUCACUGGACAUUUCCACUCCAUUCCAAGCAGAUAAGACAAGCUACCAGGGUGAUGUUUCUGACCAUUGUAACUGGGAGCUGCCCCACUCCUUCAGCGGCCAUUAAGGACCAAGGUGUGGAGAGAGGCAGAGCAGCCUGGUAAGCCCCCACCACAGCAUCAGCAAUAGAGAGCAGAGCUGUACAUUCUGACAAGGCAUGAGAGGUCUGGUCUGUACUUUGUGAUCUUGUCACUAUGUCCUAGAGCCAGCACUUUUGAAGCAAGUCUUACUGUUCUACUUAUGUAGAGUUAAAGGAGUUUUUUGGAAAGUUAAAGAGGUUAUUUAAAAGAAAUCUGUUUUAUUAAAAUCAGUUUGAAACAAA